CUAGCUCUUAUGUCCUCCUGCCCUUUGAGUUUCCAAUAUUAAUAUAACAUGAUACAUAAAUUAAUCUCCCCACAACUUCAUCUCCAAAACCCCAAAACAGAUCAACCCUUGUUCUUCUUUUCGAUCCGUCUUCGUCUUCGUCUUCGUCUUCGCCCUUCGUCUUCACCGGCAUGGAUUAUUCAGCAGGCAAGUCUCCGAGAAGAGAGCUUCAGCUUCAAGGCCCACGUCCUACACCUCUCAGGGUUCAUAAAGACUCUCACAAGAUCAAGAAGCCUCCAAUUGUGCCCCAACCCUCCUCACAACCACCCUCCCAGCAGCCUCAUCUCUACCAGCAGCCACGUCAGCCGGUCAUAAUCUACACCGUGUCCCCGAAGGUCAUCCACACAAACCCUAGUGACUUCAUGGACCUUGUCCAACGCCUCACGGGCUUAAACUCUUCUUCAUCUUCUUCCCCACCUACUCAAAAUAAUCCUAAUAAUCCUCCCAAUUAUGACAAUAACAAUAACAAUAAUUCUUGUGAUGAUCAAGUGAUGAAGACAAGUUCUGCUCAAGAUGUUGCGCAAGGGAUGGAGAUGGACGGUGAUGAUGGUGGUGUGAGGCAGAAGGGUUUGUUUCCGGGGAUCUUGUCACCGGGGCCCGCUUCGCUCAAUCCGAUUCCUUCGAACUUCUUCUCUCCACCGUCGGAUAGCUUCUUCCAUGAUUUGAGCCCGGUGCUCCAUGGAAACAGGAACUUCAUAGAAGGUAGCUUCAUGCCUAGUCCUUCAAACUUCUUUUCCCCUAGCACUCCAUCCAUAGACUUAUUCAACAAUUUCCCCGAUUUAUAGUUUUUCUUUCCUUCUUUAGUUUUCUAUUUUCAAAU